AUGGACGACGCGAGCGCGUCGGAGUCGCUGAUUCAAGUGGGCGCCAUCGUGGGCGCGCACAGCUUGCGAGGAGAGGUGCGCGUGAAACCGAUGACGGACUUUAUCGAGGAGCGCCUCAUGCGCACGGGAUCGACGCUGCGGUUCGACGCGCCGCCGGGAGAAGUGAGAGCGGUGAAAGUGCGAAGCGGGCGAUGGGUGACGAGCAAGGGAAGAAACGACGUGAUUGUGAAAUUGGCGGGGUGCGACGAUAGAAACGCCGCCGAGGCGCUCGUGGGCACGCGAUUGUUCGUGUUACCGAGCGAUCGAGAGCCUUUGCGAAAAGAUGAGGGCGCCGAAGGUAGUGAUGGCGACGACGAGUUUUACGCCCAAGAGCUCGAGGGAUUACGAGUUGUCGAGCGCGACACGGGGGAGGUGAUCGGCGUGGUGGAGGAUGUCGUUCGCGGCGCCGGAACGCAAGACUUGCUCAAAGUCGCAUUCAUCGCGCUCGAUGAGGAGACUGGGAUCGAUGCGGAGUAUUACGUAUACGUUCCUUUCGUGAAAGAGAUAGUCCCUCUCGUCGACGCGACGAAUGGAUUCAUGGAAAUCACUCCUCCGGGAGGUUUGCUCGAUUUAAAAAUUCCAAAAAAGACGAAAAAGCAGCGCGCUCGAGUCGCGGCCAAGCAAAAGGAAAAGAGAGACGCCGCAGCCGAGGCGUCCGCGGACGCGUAG